GCAGAUGUUUACGUUCUCCUACUUCCGUAGCUACCUAAAGCGGAGUAACGUUACCAGUCUGACGCUAAAGCGGACAUUUCACCAGAAAGUCUCGGUCAUGUUUAGUUUUCUUUACCUCAGUAUUAGAGCGGCUUAGCGGAUCAACAUGAUUCAGGCCGUGUGCCUCCCGCUGUAGGCGCUGCAUCGCGAGUUUUUCUCACCAUUCAUCGCAGGCAAAGCAAAGCUAAAGCUAGCGCCGUGUUAGCAGCGGGUCAGAGGCAGUUGGCUCAAUUUAAUAAAGGAUCUUUCGAUCCGCACUCUGCCCCCUUGUUAAUUUAGAUUAUCACGCAAGGCAGUCAUGGCCACUAGGCGUCUGACAGAUGCCUUCUUGUUAAUGCGGAACAAUGCAAUCCAAAACCGGCAGAUAUUGGCUGAGCAAGUGAGUACAUACGACCCCCGUCUGAGUACACGUAGCAAUGCUGCGGAGCUUGAUGAGUUGGCCGAUGAUCGGAUGGCCCUGGUUUCAGGGAUCAGUUUGGAUCCCGAAGCCGCGAUUGGGGUCACCAAGAAACUGCCCCCCAAAUGGGUAGAUGGAGUAGAUGAGAUCCAGUAUGAAAUCACAAGGAUCCGGCAGAAGAUGAAGGAACUGGCCUUACUUCAUGACAAGCACAUGAAUCGUCCUACACUGGAUGACAGUAGCGAAGAAGAGCACGCCAUAGAAAUCACAACUCAGGAGAUCACGCAGAUGUUCCAUCGAUGCCAGCGAGCCGUGACUGGUUUGCAGUCUCGCUGUGGUCACUGCACAGAGCAGGAGGAGCGACUCCUGAGAAAUGUGGUCUCCUCUCUGGCACAGAGCCUGCAGGAGCUGUCAACCAAUUUUAGGCACACACAGUCCAGCUAUCUAAAACGUAUGAAGAAUCGAGAGGAGAGAUCAAAGCACUUUUUUGACUCGGGGCCCUUAAUGGAAGAGGAUGAAGAUUUAGCUCUAUAUGACAAGGGGUUCACGGACGAUCAGUUGAUGCUGGUGGAGCAGAACACAGUCAUGGUUGAAGAACGAGAGCGGGAGAUACGACAGAUAGUGCAGUCUAUCUCAGAUCUGAAUGAGAUUUUCCGGGACUUGGCAGGAAUGGUGGUGGAGCAGGGCACCGUUCUUGAUAGAAUCGACUUCAAUGUGGAGCAGGCUUGUGUUAAAACAGAAGACGGAUUGAAACAGUUACAAAAGGCAGAACAGUAUCAGAAGAAAAACCGAAAGAUGCUGGUCAUUUUGAUCCUUUUCAUCAUAGUCAUUGUUCUAAUUAUUAUUCUUUUUGGAACAAAGUUCUAAUCAGUCAUUCCUCCGUUUUUGUUUUCUGCCUGGGUGUUUGUUGUGCAACUCUGUGGACUUGGACUUGAUUCUACCGUCUUUCAUACCAACCGGGAAAUGCUAAGAAGAAAUCUUUGUGUGGACACUGUGGGUUAGUGGAGAUGGGGUUUUUUUAAUGGGAGAGUUAGAUUUUUGUUUUGUUUUUUCCUGUUAUUUUUGAUGGAUUUGAAUGAAAAAAAAAACAAAAAAAAACAAUCAACAGUGUCUAUUUUUCCUAAGUGACUUUGACAGAGGUUUGUUCAACCGGACAUUUUCAUCUUAGCAUUAUAUUUACAUCCCAGCUCAGUAUUUUACUGUGAAAGACUUGAGAACCUUUUUUUUUUUUUUUUUUUUAAUGAGGGCAGUACCAUUUAAGAUCAGAACAGCCAUUCAGUACCAAAGGACCAUCUGUUUUUUAUCAGUUUAUUCCUCACUUUAGAAAAAUAAUACUAUGGUCCUUGUUACCACACGGUUGGCCUGAGGAGGGUUUAUGCAGCCAUACAUCUCCUCCACUUCAUUUUAACUUCAUACCUGUUGAACACUUGCUGCGCUCUCAUGAAGUGCUCAUUUUAAAAACACUCGUUUUUGUUCUCCAUGGUCUUUGCAUAAAGUGCUACCUUUUUUUUAAGAAACCCUUGCAGUUUGCACAUAUUGAGCCCUGAGGGGUAGGAAGGGGUCGGGGUGUCGUGGAUGUAAUACUACUGUCAUUUGUAUGAUGAGCAAAUUAUUUAUUUUCAAGUAACUUCAUAUAAUCCAGAGAUUUUUUUGUUUUUGUUUUCUGUCAGUUUUGCUGUAAAUUGAAUAGAGUGUAUGUGUAGUCUGAGCACAACAGUUAAUAAUCACUCCACUGAGGAAACGGAUGUAGUACAACACAAUGAAGAGACAUUUGAAGACCGCAUUGUGAUUUUUUUUUUCCCCCUUUCUUCCUUGUUCAGAUUUACACAUUACAUUUCAUUUGGCUGUCUGAUGAGCUGAAACGAUGAAGCGCUUUAUUCGACAUAUCUGUACUCAACUCUACACUUUACGUGUAAAAUCAUCUUCGUCAGUGAUGUGAAAUUGUAUGUGAAAAAGAAGAAGUCCAACUGGUACUUUACUUAAGUAUUGAUUUUGGAAACCAAAUGGGUGAGGAGACAGCAGCUUAAUUUUUUUUUUUAAAUAAACCUGGAACAUGA